CACUAACAAAGUAGGUGGUUGUUACUCCUGAGAGCCGUGUUCAAAUCAGGGUUAUGAGUUCUGUACCCUCCGCACUUUCAUUACUUUUGACAUCUUGUUUAUCUGUGAUAUAACCUGUUUAACCCGUCACUAAAAACCCUCGGCCAACGAUUUUCACAAGACUAUAUUUAACUUUACGUUAGUUAUAAUAUGCUGGAUCCAAUUAUAGCUAUUGAUAAUUUUAUACAUGAGCUGUCACUUUCUGUCAUGAUUGAAGAAUCAGUUGGUUACUUGAUGUCUGAUGCCGGAACGAGUCUAGCAUCCAUGGAUAUUAUCAAGUUACAGAAGAUAUGGGGCGAGGUUUUGCAGCAGAAAUCCAGGCUAAGAGCUUUGGAUUGCUUAGUUGCGAGACUAGCGAAUAUUAAGCAUGAACGGAUUGUUAUGAGAGUCCUUUGGGGUAUAGACUAUGCUGUGGAAAAAGGAUUGUUCUCUCCCAGGGAAAUCGCACAUGCACUCGUCUGCUCGGAACAUCUCCGUUUAGAGUCUCCAAUUUUGUUUAGGUGCACAUUUAAGCUUCUCUUGAAGCUCAUAUUCUUUCUGGAUUACAAGAGUAAUCGAGAAGUUUUCAACAAGAGCAUUGAAAAGUCUUCACAAUUUACAGAGCAAAUGUUUUGCGACCGGGACUUAUUCAAUACAAUUGAUCCUUCUCUUGAGUUGAUACAGCUGCUUUUGUGUCGAGAAAUGUGUUUGAUGCCAGCAUAUUUUGCUAUGCAUGAGCUAAUUCGGAACUUUUCCAGUGAAUUCAGUGACAGUCCCCAGUAUGUUCAGGCGGAGUUCAAUGAAUUCAUGGACAGUUUCAAAAGACCUGCACGCUUGCUGUAUUCAAGGGUUUACAAUGCCAUGACUCCUUUCUGCGGCAUUACAUCUCUAAGUGCUCCAAGUUACAAACUAGACUCGUCUAAUCUCGUUCUCACAUCCAUUAAGGGAGCCAUGCGCUAUCCAGACUUCCUUACCAGCUCCCAACUACCCCUUCUGUGCACAGUUUUGGGUCAAUUACGUAGUUUCGAGCUCGUAACCGGUAUGCUUGACUCAGCAAGUGGAAAAGUUAAAACUCGUUCUAUGGGUUUGGAACUUGCUUUAGUCGAACUAAUUGUCCAGGUUAUGGAGCUUUUGGAAAGCACAAAUGAUGAGAAAUGGAAUCGUACAAUGUUUGAACAUUUGAUUAGUGUAAUGAUUACCUUCAUGCUUAAUAGUACUGUCCGAUUUAACGAAAUUGUCGUUAAGCUCAAUACAAAGUUGGAGGGUCGGACGUGGACGAAAUCAAGCCAUUACGUAAUGUGGUUUGUGCUGAAUGCCACUUCUGGAUUCAUUGGAAAAAAUAUGUUAACAGAUUUUGUCCCCUGCCUUCGACUUUUCGAUAUUUUGUUCCCGGAAGCUGAAGAUCCUGACCGCGCCAUUGACCUUCCUUUACCUUACUGCAGUAGAAAAGAUUCUCUCAAUCAUCCAAAGGAUGUGGAGAAUAUUUCCUUACAAAAGGAUGAGUUUGUGUGUAUUAAUCCACCUCCUAAAGAUGUUAAAGAAGAUUGCACUGAAACAUGUUCAUCUCAAUUCUCUGUUCCAGAGAAAAUGGAGAUAGAUAGUUCAGAGGAUGCAAAUCAUGAAUUGGUUACCAGUAAGGGUAAUGGAAGUGAAAAUGAAGAACAAACUUCCACUUCUGCAGAGGACUCAAAUGACGAAUGCAGCCAGAAUGAAACUGAAACCUUACUCCCACCACAUUUUCGGUGCUCCACUGCUUGUUACAAGCGUCAAAGCCGACUUUUGCACUUGGUUACUGCUCCUGUAUGCCUUUGGCAACAUGUUUUACGUAAAAGUCGAUUGGGUCAAGAUCAUUUACCACGUGUUAUGCCACCAGCACUUCGACCAAUUGAAGCGCAUAUAUCACGCCGUAUGCAAGCACUAGUGCAAUCUGUUAGUUCAACUCCAAUGUCUAGUACUUCUAUUAAUUUAGUAUCGAAGUUAACAUGGAAUCAGCUUUUUGUUGUAUUGAAUGCUUUUAGCACAGAUAAUGAAGUUAGCCAACUGAUACAAAGGUUAGUGGACAUAUUUUGGACGAACGAAUCUGAAAAUGAUACACAGAAACCGGAACAUGGAUGUCUAUGGUCAAGGUUGAUCAAAAAUGGGAGAGUGGAUUUACCGUAUAACUUAUCAGCGUAUGGACGUUUACAUCCUCUGUCUCAUCAUUUAAUGCGCACAAUGUCUGUUCACCUGCGCAUGCUUGUCUUACACUUUUUUCUACAAAAGUUUGCGGUUCUUCCCAGUUCCACUAUGUUAUCUACACCAGCAGUCAUAGAAACAUUCUGCCGAAUUCUGGCUUGUCGUGAAGUGGAAUCAAACAGUGUGAACAGAAUUCUCUGUUUGUUAACCAAGCUGCAACCAUUAUGGUCUUAUAAUGCUACGAAUAUGGAUUCCAAAAGCUCAUUUACAUCCAAUGCCACAAACGAAAAGGACUCAAACUACUUUGUUUGCUCACUGGUUUAUACUCUGAUCGAUACAAUGGGCUUUCGUUUAGCAGACAUCUUAACACCAGAAGUUCGUAUUCAUGCUCUUACAUCAUUAGUCAGUCUAUCUAAAAUGUGGACAAGCUGGAAUGCCUCAUCGUUUCUUGACAAUAAGGAAUCCAAAAAUAUUCGUGACGGAACGAAUGGUGAAAUCCCUCUUGAAUUACCUUAUCUGCUUGACUGGAGUAUUUUAAAAUUUGCACGCAGUAUACAAGCACCAGAUUGUGUCAUCUAUGGUUUCUGUUCAGCUCUUACCUCUCCAACACUUUCACAAACGCAACCAGGAUGUAACACUUUGCAUUCAGUCAGUAAUCCAGUUUGUAUUUCGCAGCAACAACCAUUGAAUGUAACAUUACAACCAGGGACUUCUUUACUAACUAACACAAGUGGUAGUGGUGGUGCCAGUGUUUCUAUUCCAUUAGGUAGAACUUUAUUACCAUUAAAUUCGAGCAUGAAUUCUAUUUCAUCUGCCAGUAUUGUACAACCAACAAACGAUACGAUGAUUUCUUCAAACUCAGGUGUAAAUUCACUGGCUAGUGGCUCAGGAAAUUCUGCUUUUCCGAAUUCAAUACCUGGAUAUCCGUUUUUAAUGUAUGACAAUGUUGAAGUAGAUCGUUUUAUACUAUUUUCUCUACUACAAAUGUAUCACACUUUCGAUUUAGAAGAAGUCAGUGGAAUUCGUCCGAACCUAGUUGAACAAGUCCGUUCAAUGUGCGAACAGUGCGGAGCAAGUAGUCUAGUUGAUUUGCCACAAAUAAUUACAAGUCGUUUGCCUGACUUUCUAAUUCUUGUUAUACGUCAGCUAACCAAUCCAACGGGUGGCGAAUUUAGUAAUAGCACUCAUCCGCUAUCAGAUUCCGCCAAUACUGAAUCUAUGGAAUCAAGUCUACCGUAUACAGAUAAGUCUACCAGUUUGUCUAAGCUUUGCUCAAUGCUACAAGAGGAGUAUAUGUAUUUUUGCAAUAAUAACAUGGACUGGAGUAAUGCAAUUAACCGUGGUAAUAUAUUCCUAUGUUUGCUGUUUCGAUACUUUAUGGAGCAUCAGAGUGUACCGGGCAAAGCUGCCAGUCUCAUCAAUCGUCUGUCUACAAAAUUUUUAAGUCGGCAGCUACGAAUGCUUUGCGAUUAUGUCGUAGCUUGUUUGACAUUUACUGCACAAGUUAAUUUCACUAGUGAAAAGUGUCUUUCUACAUUAUCUGACUUUUGUAUACGUUGGCAUGUUGUUCCCUUGGAUCGUUUCCUUUUAUUUUUGCUGAUGCACACAAGGUAUCAAUAUUCACAACUUGAUGCUGUAAAUCGUAUCGUUAUUUAUCUGUUUACACAAUCUGAACAACUCAUUACUGGGAUAAAUUAUUUGAGUACAAAAUUUGAACCUUCGCCUUCUAAUGACUCUAUGGUUCAGCGGAAGUCACCUCAUCCUGAUCCAUUGUCUAGUCGGGACUGGUUCUCAUGUGUUCUGACUCUGCAUGAAAUUAUUCCUGAUCAGUGGAUUACCCAUCCCAAACUCUGCACAGUACUCUCAGGUGAUAAUGAUUAUAGAGAUUCAGUGGAGGAUAUGGACAGACCACCUCACUUACCAGUAUUCUAUGGUCAUUUAUUACUGCGUUUGUUACCAUUGUUGGAGGUUAUACUAAUACAGUUUCUUACAUGUCAAGUGCCGCUUGUAUUAUUAAUUCCGUUCUGUCGAGUUAUCGCACCCCUGUUUCGCUAUCACAGACGUCCAAUUAAUGUCUGCUUUACAAUGUUACACGAUCACAUCGAAUUCAAUAGAAAAAGCCUCAUUAGCAAAUUACCGAGUGAAAUGUACACAUCACUGCAUCAGGUACAGUCGAAUGGAGAUUAUACAGGUCCUUCAGUCGCCAAAUAUUCACGGGAAUCAGAUGGUGAAAACAUCCCUUGGAUUAUAGAUCACUUAUCGUGCCAACUAGUUGUUCAUUGCGUUAUCAGGAAACAUCAGCAGUUGGCAGUGAAGUCAGCUUCAAUUCGCGCUUCUAAACGCUUUAGUCAAAAGUGUAUUCCUACACAUGGUUUAUUCAGCUGUCAAGGAUGGCAUCAAUUAGAGUCCUGUGUAAAGCAAUCUGAGAUAUUCUAUGAUUUAAUAUGCAAUAAUAUAGAUACUGCUGGAGAUGACUGUGAUAAUAAAACGAUUGAUGUCGAAAAAUUAGAUAUAAACAUUAUACUGAACUCAAAAUCAUAUGAAGUGCAGUUGAGAAACACGUAUGCCAAUUGGUAUAGUUUUAAUAAGCCGCAGUUGAAUAAUUCAGACUAUCUGUUCGAAUUAAUUGACCCAAUAUGUAAAAGCAAUCAAAAACACGGAAUAUCCGGCCAUCCGGCAGCCUGGAGAACCUGGAACUAUGAAGAGAGUGUUUGUGUGCAAACUGCAGGUUUAUAUGCCGCUUCAGUUGAAAUAAUGUGCAAUUUUACCGUACCAGAUGAACUAACAACAGCUGUAUCCAACCUUUUAACCUCAUGUGUAAAUCAUCCUGACUUUAAUCAUUUGUUAAACAUUAUCGGUGCAUUGGCAAUCAUUUUACCUAAUGUCUAUUGUCUUCACCUGAUGAAGUUUUGCGUGACUUUAUUUAACGAUCCAGUUCUCUGUGAUGCUACAUCUGAAUCGAAUUUAACGGAUGUUGACAACUUGUUUUCUGGUGGUACUGGUCAAAAAUCAUAUGGUUAUGGUUAUGAGAAUACAAAAUGGCGUCGUUCUUCCAGAGUUCUGCGUCACAGAAAACUGCUUGAUAAUAAUUUCACUACUGUCGAGGAUUCCACUUUGCCAGCAUGUGACAUUUCAUCAUCUAAAAGUGAGACAGCUUCUUUACUAAGUCCACCGAAAGUAGCUGUGGAUUUCUUUGAAAUAUGCCUUCCAUUAGAUCAGAAUACGAAUCCUAGUUAUGCUAGUGGAAUGAAUAAUGCUGAUAGUGACAGAAUCGAAACGUCACACAGAAUUACAGAAAAAAACCCAACUUUCACAGAGAAUGUCGAUUAUACCAAUUCAUCUUCAGAUGUAAAAGACUAUUUAGUCAAAGCAAAUCUAUGGCAUUCAAUUUGGGCACAUGCAAAUACAACUCAUUUGGCUUUGUUACCUGGUGUCCGGAAAGAAGGAUAAAAAUUCUCAUGUCAUACUUUCUUGUAAGCGGAACAAAAUGGAUGUGUUGUCCGUAGUGUAACUUAACUAUAUUGCAAAACCUAAAAAAUAAUCGAUUUCUCUCUUAAUUCUCCUAGCGUUUUCUCUGAUCUUAUUUUACCGGAGUUAAACAACGAAGCUCAGUUACUCAUGGCAUUUUACUUGGUUGCACCAUUAAUGGGAUCAUUGCACGCAGAACGUCCCGCAAAAUUAGUCGAUUUAACGGCUGAAUUGUACAGAGCUGUAUGGAAGGUUGAUAAUAUUUUAGCUAAAACAGCUAAUCAAAAGUCAGAAGACUCGGAAUUACCACCUGAUGUUGGUGAUAUAAAGGAAUUGGAUGAACAUAUACCAUCAGAGACUGGUAUACCUUUAGUGCAUGUGGAUACAAUAGCUGACCUGUUAUACCACAUAAAAUAUAUGUAUGUUGGUAAUGGUGUACUUGACCAAGUCCGUCCAUUACUUCCACAACUUCGUCCUAGUUUGCGCAAACGAUUAAAAUUCAUUUUACCUCAAGACUCAUCAGUAACCCAGCAGCAGCAUGAUUCUUACCCAGUAUUCGAAGGUCGUGUAUAUCGUGCAUCCAGUCGGCCACCAAAAUAUACUGAGGACUUUUGAAUAUGUAUUAUUGUCUUUAUUUGUCUUAAUUUCUUUUUACCUUAAUAUCAGUGAUUUUAUCUUUUGAUUUUUGUACGCAUACAAAUGUAUUUCUUUUUUUUCACUUUGUAAAGC